CGCAGUCGAACUAAGUUGCUCGUUCGGUUUGCGUCGUCCCCUCCAUGUCAUGUCCAUUCGGUUAGUUCCUAUGUACACAUGAUACACCACAUAAUUGUAAAAACAAUAUACAUGAAUACGGAUACAGGAGAAGGACGACACACUGUCAAACGACUCUCGAGGAGUAAUAUCCAACAACUACCUUAAUAGAAGAGAAGAAUACAAAGAAGAAGAAGAAGAAGCAAAACUGAUCAAUAUAGUUAAAUAUGCUUGAUAUAACAAUAGGCAACGACGACGGUAACAGCAGAAAUAGAACAGAAUACACACAGCAUAAUCAUCAUAAUGAUGAUGAUGUUUAUAAUGAUGAUGAUCGGCUACAGUCGACGUUAUCAACAUCCUGUUGUAUAGCCUCGUCCUUUGUGGGAUUGCCCGCCGCCGCUGCAUAUCGAAAGCACUGCACUGAUGAUAAAAGAAUUCCGCUCCUCCGCCGGCAGCAGCAACAGCAGCAGGAGAGGAGAAAACCAACUCCUCCAUAUGUGAAACUCCAGAAUAGAAACUAUUUAUGUACAUUUAGCCGUAUGGCGGCAAAAAGCAGUUGUAUAUAUUUUUUAUUAGUUUUAAUAGUUAACCUAAGCCGAAAUACUAGUGCUUAUCAAAAUUUAAAUGAAAGCUCAACUAAUUCUGGCAAAAUACUCCAACAACAAAAUGAGAGUCUAAAUGCCAACUAUCUACAUCAUCCACAACAACAACAACAUCUCAUUCAUAAUGUAGAGCGAACAGGGACAGAGACAAAUACUCACAUUAAUGCCAGUACAAAGAGAAAUAGUUAUGAUGACUACCACCAUGAGCAUCUGCAUCAGCAUCUAAAUGAUAUUGAUAUCUUUGGCUCAUAUAAUAUGCCAGAGGAACCAAUUUAUACAAAUGAAUUUGCCGUCUAUAUACCGGCUGGAAAAUCUGUAGCCGAUGAAAUAGCAGCAAAAUAUGGCUUCACCAAUAAGGGACAGAUUGGAGCUCUCAAUGACUAUUAUCUGUAUCAGCACCACCGCGUAUCUAAGCGUUCGAUUCGUUUGAGUCGCAAGCAUCACAGUGCCUUAAAGUCAGAGUUCGAGGUUAAAUGGCUGCAGCAGCAACAUGAGAAAAUUCGACGUAAAAGAGAUGGACCCUAUCAAGAUAUAUUACCCACCUACAGUCCGUACAGUGUUUUGCGUCAACCACCAAACGAUUACAUAAUCGAUCCGAAUUCGCAUCUUUCAUUCUCCCCAGCAUCUCAAUCCCAAUCGGUGCUCAAUCCAACUCUAUCCACACAUACGCCACGCAUGGAAUAUAGAGAUGUUUCCGCCCAUUUAAUAUUCUCCGAUCCGUUGUUUAAGGAACAGUGGUAUUUGGUGAGUAAAAAUGGCGGAGCUAAGGAUGGCUUGGACAUGAAUGUUGGACCUGCUUGGCAAAAGGGUUAUACCGGAAAAGGUGUUGUGGUUUCCAUUCUAGAUGACGGUAUACAAACAAAUCAUCCCGAUCUCGCCCAGAAUUAUGAUCCUGAUGCAUCAUUCGAUAUUAAUGGCAAUGACUCGGAUCCAACGCCUCAGGAUAAUGGGGAUAAUAAGCAUGGAACACGCUGUGCCGGAGAGGUAGCUGCUGUUGCUUUUAAUAACUAUUGCGGCGUGGGUGUGGCAUAUAAUGCUAGCAUUGGUGGUGUACGCAUGUUGGAUGGAAAAGUUAAUGAUGUGGUUGAGGCACAAGCUUUAAGCUUGAAUCCCUCGCAUAUCGAUAUCUAUAGUGCCUCUUGGGGUCCCGAAGAUGAUGGCUCGACAGUCGAUGGUCCCGGACCGUUAGCCCGUCGUGCCUUUAUUUAUGGUGUGACCAGUGGCCGCCAGGGCAAAGGUUCGAUAUUUGUGUGGGCCUCGGGUAAUGGUGGCCGUUACACCGACUCGUGCAAUUGCGAUGGAUACACCAACUCCAUUUUCACCCUAUCCAUAUCAAGUGCCACUCAAGCUGGCUUUAAGCCGUGGUAUCUUGAGGAAUGCUCUUCCACACUGGCCACCACAUACAGUUCGGGAACUCCGGGACAUGACAAGAGUGUGGCAACUGUUGAUAUGGAUGGACGCCUGCGACCCGAUCACAUUUGUACGGUUGAGCAUACAGGAACCUCAGCAUCGGCCCCAUUGGCAGCCGGCAUAUGUGCUCUAGCCUUGGAGGCCAAUCCGGAGUUAACAUGGCGUGAUAUGCAGUAUUUGGUGGUCUAUACCUCACGACCAGGACCGCUGGAGAAGGAAAGUGGCUGGACAUUGAAUGGCGUGAAACGAAAAUAUAGUCACAAAUUUGGUUAUGGUCUGAUGGAUGCGGGCGCCAUGGUUUCCCUGGCCGAGCAAUGGACAUCUGUGCCGCCGCAACACAUUUGCAAGUCGCGGGAGAAUAAUGAAGAUCGUAAAAUUGAUGGCAGCUAUGGCUAUACAUUGUCCACUCACAUGGAUGUUAAUGGUUGCGCCGGCACUAUCAAUGAGGUGCGCUAUCUGGAGCAUGUUCAAUGUCGGAUCACAUUGCGCUUCUUUCCCCGUGGCAAUUUGCGUAUUCUGCUAACCUCACCGAUGGGUACAACCAGCACAUUGCUCUUUGAACGACCCCGAGAUAUUGUCAAAUCCAAUUUCGAUGAUUGGCCAUUCCUGAGUGUUCAUUUCUGGGGCGAAAAGGCCGAGGGACGCUGGACACUGCAGGUGAUUAACGGUGGCAGGCGACGUGUCAAUCAGCCGGGCAUAUUGUCCAAGUGGCAAUUGAUAUUCUAUGGCACUUCAAGCCAGCCAAUGCGUCUCAAAUCCGAGCUACUCAAUCCGAAUCCACAAUUGCGUAAUCCGGUUGGCUCCAAUCCGUUCCUCUUUCCAUCGGCCUCCAAUAUAGGCCAACCAUCGAACGAAGGUGGUAAUUUUAAUACGGACAGUUUUGCUGGUUAUCUGAACUAUCAGAAUAUAUUUACCAGCGCUGGCUCGAAUCCAGAGCCAGCUACGGCCACAUUAGAUGGUCAUAAUGUAUCUGCUAGCAUUGUGGCAGAAGAUGAGAUGGCCGACAAUAACAACAACAACAACAAGAACAAGUUGAUCCUCCAUUCCUGCGAUGGUGAAUGCGGUACAUCGGGUUGUUAUGGACGCGGACCAACUCAGUGUGUGGCCUGCAGUCAUUAUCGUUUAGACAACACUUGCGUUAGUCGUUGCCCGCCCCGUUCGUUCCCCAAUCAAAUGGGCAUAUGCUGGCCCUGUCACGAUUCAUGUGAAACUUGUGCUGGCGCUGGACCAGACAGUUGUCUCACCUGUGCCCCAGCCCAUUUGCAUGUCAUCGAUUUGGCCGUUUGUCUGCAAGUUUGUCCCGAUGGAUAUUUUGAGAAUACCAAAAAUCGUACAUGUAUUCCCUGUGAGCCCAAUUGUGCAUCAUGCCAAGAUCAUCCAGAAUUUUGUACUAGCUGUGAUCACCAUUUGGUUAUGCAUGAGAAUAAAUGCUAUUCGGCCUGUCCCUCGGACACAUACGAGACGGAGGAUAACAAAUGCGCCUUCUGUCAUUCCACCUGUGGCACUUGCAAUGGCCCAACAGAUCAAGAUUGCAUAACAUGUCGUCCCAGUCGCUAUGCCUGGCAAACCAAAUGCAUGAAUAAUUGUCCAGAAGGUUUCUAUGCUGACAAAAAACGUCUUGAGUGCAUGCCAUGUCCCAAAGGAUGCAAAACCUGCACCAGCAGUGGCCUCUGCUCCGAUUGUAUGGAAAAUUGGACACUAAACAAGAAGGACAAAUGCAUUGUAGCUGGCAGCGAAACGUGCAGUGAUUCUGAAUUCUUUAAUCCAACUGAGGGUCAAUGCCAAUCAUGUCAUGCCACUUGCGAGACAUGCAACGGUCCAUUGGAAUCCAAUUGCAUGUCAUGUCCUUCGAGUCGUCUGCUUGAACUGAAUCAUUGUGUUACCGGUUGUCAGGAUGGUUUCUUUAUGGAAACGGGCGUUUGUUCGCCUUGUCUGCACACCUGUACACAAUGUUUCUCUCGCACCAAUUGCAGCAACUGCUCCAAGGGACUGGAACUACAAAAUGGUGAAUGUCGCACAACUUGUGCCGAUGGAUAUUAUAGUGAUCGUGGCAUUUGUGCUAAAUGCUAUCUCAGUUGCCGCACUUGCAGUGGACCACGACGAAAUCAGUGUGUUCAAUGUCCAAUUGGCUGGCAAUUGGCAGCCGGCGAAUGCCAUCCAGAAUGUCCGGAAGGAUUCUACAAAUCUGAUUUUGGUUGUCAGAAAUGUCAUCAUUAUUGCAAGACUUGCAAUGAUGCCGGGCCACUUGCUUGUUCGUCGUGUCCAUCACAUUUUAUGCUGGAUGGUGGCCUAUGCAUGGAAUGCCUCAGUUCCGAGUAUUAUGAUACUACAACACAAACCUGCAAGAGCUGUCACAAUUCAUGUCGUUCAUGCCUAGGACCUGGCCAGUAUUCUUGCAAGACAUGCGCAACUCCCUUGCAUUUGGAUCAAUUGAAUAGUCAGUGUGUGCCAUGCUGUCAAAAUCAUACCACCUCUUCUUCCUCCUCCUCCUCUUCCACAUCAGCGGGAAUCGAUGACUCCUGUUGUCACUGUGAUAAGCAAACAGGUGAAUGUAAGGCAACGUCAACUGGCGGCAAGCGGCGUACUGUAAUUGGAAACGAAAAUAGUUUUAAAAGUGGUGGAGAUGGUGCUAGAAGUAAUGGAGGAGCCUACGGCAAUGAUGAAGGAAAUAGCAAUGAGUUUCUAUUACGACUCGAUUCACCCUUAACGGCUCUGACGGCAAUUGCAGUUGCCAUCUGUUUGUUGAUUAUCACAAUUUUCUCCAUUAUCUUUGCUGUCUUACAGCGUAAUAGCAACCAUGUAUCGAGAAAUUCGGUGCGUUAUAGGAAAAUAAUUAGCAAAUCCAGUGGAAAUGGAAGAAAGAAUCCGACCACCACAAAGACAAGCAAUGAAGCUAGAUUUAUUUUCAAUAUUGGUGAAGACGAUGACUCUGAUGAUAAUACCGAUGAUGAUGAUAAUAAUGAUAAUAAUACCAUGGACGGAAGAAAAAUAGUUUACGAACCGAAAACAAGCACAAUUCAUGGUAACGAAUUUUAUUUAAAGAGUACAAAUGAUAUUGAUGCUAUCGAGUUUCAUACCAAUAACAAAUCGUCCAAUGAGUCCCACUCAAGGAGGUCCUCCAUCAACAUUAAUGCAAUGGAAUAUGCUAAAAAUAAAAAUAUUCAAACAAAUCAGACGGCAGCAACGGGCAGCAAUGGCAAUACAAAGAGCAGUGUUUGUAGCUGAUUCGUUUGAUAUUGAUUGAUUGAUUGAUCCAUUGACAAAAAGGCGAACGUUCAAAUGUGUACCAAAACAGAAAAAACCCAACCAACCACUUUGAUCUUGGAAUUCAUGCUCUGGACUAGUAAAUUUUAAAAAACCUUACUUUGAGGAAUAUAGCAAAUCAAAAUAUUUAACAUCCGAAAAAAAAGAUAAAAAUUUAUAUGUGAUUGUGAAUUGUUUUUAUAUAUAUAUAUAUUUGUAAAUUUAAUGUUUGUAUUAAAUUUUUAUGAAAAAUGUUAUGUCAAGUUGAACCAUAA